AAAAAUCCAUUGCUAUUAGUUAUCAUUAUUGCAUAAUUUACAGUCUGCCAUUUCUGAAAAAGCUCUUUACUUACCUGGAAUUUCAAUUAAUAGUUCUAAUUACACAGCAGUCAUAAACAGCGGCGGCGCUGCCGUUGACGGAGAUUCUAAAGCCGGCCAAUACAGGAGGAGGGAUUGGGAUAAUUAAACGGCGAGCGUCUCGCUUCGGUUUGAGUGAUGGGAGAUGAGAAAUCGGCGAUCGCGAUGGCUAGUAGAGAACGAGAUCGAGAGCUUCUCAUUCCGGUAGCUGAUUCCGUCAACGUUGAUGUUGAAUCUAAACCUUCCUCUUCUUCCUCUUCCUCGCAUCACUCUGGACGGGAGACUUUUUCCAAAGUUGUGAGGAGCUGGGCUUCAAAGAAGUUUAUGACUGGAUGUGUAAUCCUAUUCCCAAUUGCGGUCACCUUUUACAUAACGUGGUGGUUUAUUCACUUUGUCGAUGGAUUUUUCUCUCCUAUCUAUGCUCAGCUUGGAAUUGAAAUAUUUGGUCUUGGAUUCAUAACUUCCAUGACAUUCAUUUUUUUGGUUGGGGUAUUCAUGUCAUCUUGGUUGGGAGCAUCUGUCCUGGGUCUGGGAGAAUGGUUCAUCAAGAGGAUGCCAUUUGUCCGCCAUAUCUACAAUGCAUCCAAGCAAAUCAGUGCAGCCAUAUCGCCAGACCAGAAUACACAAGCAUUCAAGGAAGUAGCCAUUAUAAGGCAUCCACGCAUUGGUGAAUAUGCAUUUGGCUUCAUCACAUCAUCCGUCAUCCUCCAGAGCUAUUCUGGAGAAGAGGAGCUGUGCUGCGUCUAUGUUCCCACAAAUCAUCUGUAUAUUGGUGAUAUAUUCCUGGUUAAUACCAAGGAUGUUAUCAGACCCAAUCUUUCAGUUCGUGAAGGCAUUGAAAUUGUAGUAUCGGGUGGAAUGUCGAUGCCUCAAAUCCUGGCAACUUUGGAUUCACGCACUCCAAUGGAUAGAAAUAGAUCCGACAGAAGCUGAUUAAAAGACAAUAGCUGUAGAGGAGUUCAUUUAUUGGUUGCAUCAAUUGAGCCAUUGGAGCAAAAUACAGAUUGAUAUAGUAGUUGGUAAAGCUGGAUUUGCAUUUGUUAGAGUUGAUGGGUCAAAUUCUGGCAGCUUAUGUAACAGUCGAUAUUGCUUAGAAUGUAGAUUUAUUGUUUGAUCGGGAAUGUAGUCUGGUUGAUAUGAUAUUAAAGGCAGAUAGUUUGUGGGCAUCCUUAGGGUGGUUUUGACGGAUCGCGCUGAAUUUAUAGUUCCUCUCUUUUUUGAACUCUUAGUGCUUGCCUUGUAGAUAAUAUGGCCUAUUCAGGUUCAAUGAUUGAUCUUUUCUAUUAUCA